CAUACUUCAUACCAUAUUUUAAUCACCAACUUUAUCUCCAAUCUACCCUUGAUAGCCAAUGGUGACAUCUUAGCCGGUUCACUUUAUGCUGCCAUCGCGUUUUACGGGGAAAAUCAUCACCACCAUAAAUAAAAUAAAAAAUUUAACAAAAUAAACAAAAUUAAAAAAAAAAUCAACAUCCUAUCAAAUUAUUUAUCAAAAUCAUCGUCAUCAACUCAAUAUCCCGCUCGAAAACAAAGUCUGGAUGAGGGAAGGUGACGGACAAUUCAUACUCGUAUUCCUUUGAGAUGGAGUAUUAGAGAAAAGCGGUCAAUUUUACACCAAAAAGGUGAGAAUCCUACAUAGAGAGUAAUGUUCAUUAACACGCUUGCCUGGGAUCAAAAACUACAUGCAGAAAAACCAAUUAGCCAAAACAAGCCAAUUAGCCAAUAUAAGGGUUGGGAUAAUUUAAUAGACCCGAUGGAACAAUGUAGGCAAGGAAAGUCGGGCAAAAUGGAUCCUCUACAAGAAAAUAUCUUUUUUAAAAUUUAGUUUUUUUUAGUAGGAUGGUGACCCAAUCCGUUAAGUUGUUCUUAAUAUUUUAGAGCUAUUUUAUCUCUCGCUGAAACGACCUCAAAACAACGAACCCCAUGUACUAAUAAUUGUAUUAGUUGGACUAUUUAGUUUAAGUAUGGAGAGCGUCUCACAGUGAGAUCGUCUCACACAAGAAUUUGUGAAUAUUUUAUUGGACAAAGUGUGUUGGAAGUGUAGGUAAGAGACUUAAAGUUGGUGUGAGUGAACUCUGAUGUGAGUGAAUCUUAACAUUUUAUGGAAAAUGCACUUCAGUUGGAUGCGUGUGAAUUUUUUAGUUGGUAUAAGUAAUAAGGUUACAUGAGUGUGAAUUUUCACUCAAAGGUUGGCCAAGCUUGAGGUUCCACUAACAUUUUAUGGAAAAUGCGCUUCAGUGGAUGCGUCUGAAACUUACACUAUGUUUGGAUAACAUUUUUAGAAGGAAUGGAAAGGGAGGGACAGGAAGGAGAUGGACGAGCAACACGUUUUUCUUCUAAAUCUUUCUAUUGUUAGAAGGAUAUGUUUUGUAUAGAAUGUGAAGGAUUUCUCCGAUUCCCUCCAAUUCGCUUCCCUUGGCUUCCCUUUGUUCCCUCCUUUUUGGUAUCCAAAUAAUGGAAAUAUAUUCCCUCUGCUCAGAGAUGAAGCAAAAUUGAUAAAUUAUUUGGAGGCCUUGUGCAAUUUUAAAAGCUAUGAAUUUUUUUACUUAUCAUAUACUACGUAAUUUAAUAUCGAUGCCCCUGCUUUAUUGGGGCCAUGUACGGUCAAACAUGUUGAACAUCCCAUAACCUCCUCCACCUCUGUUUCCCUCCCCUUGAUUUUCCUCAAUUUCCAUCCAGCCAAACAUAACAUUAGAGUUAGUGUGGAUGUAAACUAAAUUAGUGGAUGAAGUUACAUGGCCUAGCUACUAAAUUAGUUGAUAUUGGUCUCUGAUUGCUUGAGAAGCCAUCUACUACAGUUCUGUGGAGACAAUCAGUAUGAUAGUUAAGCACUAGAACAAUUACUUCACUUCUCUUCGUAAAGAAAACAUAAUGCUAUUAUUAGAUGUUCCUGGUCUUGUAACAUAAACCGAAUAAUAUACUAUCCUUUGAACUACAAUAUUCUCUUAGAAUUUCUAAGGUACAAAACCCAUCUCUAAUUUAAGUUUUCUUGUAUUCUUUAUAAUACUGUUAGAAUGAGCUAAAUCCAAGCUUUUUCUUGGUUGUAAUCGGGUCUUUCACAUGCUGUGCUUAUAACUAUCUGAGUAAAUCCGCCUGUCAUCAGCUUACAGAUUCCUAGCAAACUGAUCGUUGUUGCUGAAGCAACAGAAUUCAUCAUUCUGCUGGUAUAUUGCUUGCUGUUUCUGGCUUACAUGUUAGCAGAUGCACUGCUUCUGUCGGAUGUACUCUAGUACUCUUGUAUUCAUGACUACAUUAUCGUUUUGCCCUUUUACUAUCAAUGGCCAUCAGAUUGGGCAGGCUGUAUGAAGAUGCAUUCGGUUCACUGCAUAGCUUGAUGUCUAAAAUGAUUGGAAUUUUCCAUUUCAGGGUUUUCUAUUUCUGAAUGCAGCAAUGUUGGUUCAGAUUUAUCGAACCAUAUUCCAGGACAAUCAUAGAAUGUGUUUCCAAUCACAUUCUUCAUACGAAAGGAUGGGCGAGACUUCUUUUCAAGGCUACUAGUUUGGUGAUGAUGGGCAUCGGGCACAUAGUGAUUGCUUCGGAUGUGCGCAGGUCUCUUUAUGCAGGAUCCAAUUUGGUGGGUACAUAUCAUGGUUUCCCACAAUUGCUUGUGAUUUAUUUGAGGUUGUAGAUAUGGAAACCACAUUCAAUACUAUUAGCAUACCAGGUCCUCUUGGAUCAUACCUUCUUUCAGUUAGGUUGGUUGACUUUAUAUAUGAUAAGGAAAAAUCUGGUGAAAGCAACACUUGUGUAGGUGUACAUUGCUUUAUUUUGUGUUUAUUAAGAGAACUCUGCAUGUGAAUGUUUGUCGCAGUACCAAGUCCAGGUAAAAGAGUAGGGUGAGCAGUAAGUUAGUGACAACUAAUUCAGCAAUACUUAGUUACAACCUAUGAUCCUAAACCAAGAAUCAGACUGAGGAUGACUUGGAGGACAUGAGUGAAAAAUAAUAUGAAAGAUCUAGACUUACAAAUUGAGAUGAUAGAAAAUCGAAAUGAAUGAAGAAGAUAAAUAUAUGUGGACGACCAUUAAAACUGAUAUAUUGAUUCAUGUAGCCGACCCUAAUCUUUUGGAAUUAAGGCUCUGACAUUGUUGUUGUGCCGUCUUUAUUAAGAGAGAAUCUUCAAACCUUUGUGAUCUUAAUAGAAUUUCAAAAUUAUAGUAAUGUAGCUGUUCUUUACUUCAUUUCACACUAACAUACAAACUUACCUCAUCCUAUUUAUAGUGAAAAGAAUAGACAGUAUUCUGGUAGUGAGGAAGAUCUUGUCCUAUAUGCAGACACUUUACAGGUUUCCUGGUUUCUCUUUCUUCCUUUGACUUUUUUUGCAGAUUAUUUAAUUGUCAACUGUCCUAUUGUUUUGACCCACUCUUGGGUAUUAGGUGAUUCUUAAAUCGUUUUUUAGCAUUAUCUUAUACAAUUGUGAUCUUGUGAACCUUCUGUCUCUUGUUAUUUUACUGCUCUCCUGUCCUUUUCAUUACUUUUAGCCAUUUGCUGACUUGAAUGAUCAAGCUUUCACUUUGAAGCUCAAACAAAUAAUUUGUACAACUGGAAAAGGUCACCAACCCAUAUCUUCUUUUUGUUCAUUUAGGGUAAAAAAAGCAUUUGAGUUUGUCAGACUUGACCAUUAGGCUUCAUUGAACAAGACCCAUAUUAUGAUUUUUAUUGUUUUCAUCUAAUUUAUUUGAUGUUAGUUUUACAAAUAUAUAUAUUCCUUUUAAUCUUAAAUUGGGUUUUUAUAGAACCUUUAUGCCAUUACUAAUCUCAAUUUUGAUAAGGGUAAGACAUCAUACAUUUAGAAUUCCUCAAACACUGCAAUCCGUAACCCUGGCUGACGACAUAGUGCAAAAACAAGGCCACAUUGACUGUGAAUCCGUGUUAUACCCAUGAUUGACACCGUAUUUUCGCACUAUUAGGUGAUGGUGGUUGUUUUAGUUCUUGAUGGCAAUAUAAAAUUGAACUAGAUUGUGUUAGACACAUUGACACUAUGUGAGUUGGUUAGCUAUUUCUUCAUUUUGACUAUGGAAAAUCAAUGCCUACUUUAUCUCCUUGUGCUAGGAUAUGCAAGUGGGCUUUUCUUCACAUGAGUGGUUUGAAUUCUGAUCAUAUUCAUGUAUAAUACCACUUGCAAUAUAGAAAAUAAUUAGAUUUAAUUAUUAUGACUUUAAGAACAGCAUUUAUUAUCAGCAGAAAACACAGUAAACCAACCAAGAUCCAUACCUUUUGGUUUACAAUUCUGAAAAACUGGAUGAAGUCAACUUGUAAAGUUGGCUAUUAUCCUUUUAUGCUAUGAUGUAAGAUUGGUCAACUCUAACAUUUGGUUAGGAGUUGUUGAUUUGGUGGGCUAGAAUUAAAUAACAAUUUCUUCUAAAAGCUGAGUUGUAAGAGGGAAAUAUGUUUUUUUUUUUAAAUGCACCAAUAAUGAAAGAUGAUUCUAUAAUUGAAUUGGCUGAUCUUGGAAAAAUUUUCAAUACCCAGAAAUUAUUUUCCUGCAGAUUGCAAGGAAUGAUGCCCUAUUGAUUUGGGUUUUAGAGAUUUGGCAUUUUUUGAGUUCUUUGUGUGAUGGGUUUUCCUUAUAUUACUAUUAGCUUUUAUCUGUUUAGCUUGCUAUGUCUUGCUGAUAAUUUGUCAUCUCAUCCUCUUUGCGUUGAUUCAAGCUUUCCUAUUACCUUGAAGAAACCCUUGAAGUUUUGUCCUUAUAAUGGGAGUUCAUGUUGCAAUUCAACACAAGAUGUGCAGCUGCAGAAGGAAUUUCAGUCUAUGAAUAUAUCUGAUCCUGCUUGUGCCUCUGUUGUGAAAUCAGUACUUUGUGCUAAAUGUGAUCAAUUCUCAGCAGAGUUGUUCAGAACAAACAGCGCACCGCGUUCAGUUCCUGUCCUGUGCAACUCUACUAUGUCCUUAACUUCACCGCAAUCCGAUCAAGCAGCAAACAACUUCUGCUCGAAAGUGUGGGAUACUUGUAUGAAUGUAUCAGUGUUAAAUUCACCAUUUGCACCAUCCUUACUCCGCCAAGCCGGAUCAUCUGUCGAUUCGAAUCAGACCAAAAUAACAGAUAUGUGGCAGUCGAAAACUGAUUUCUGUAAGGCCUUAGGUCAAGCUUCUAGUGAUGGAUUAUUAUGCUUUAGUGGUGAACCCGUAUCUUUAAACAAUACAUCAGAGACCCUGGAUAGCCCAGCCGGUUUGUGCCUUGAGAAAAUCGGUAAUGGGUCUUACCUUAGUAUGGUGCCUCAUCCUGAUGGCUCAGACCGAGCUUUCUUCUCGAAUCAACAAGGAAAGAUUUGGUUGGCUACUCUGCCUCGCGAAGGAUCAGCUGGAGUUAUUGAGCUUGAUGAAUCAAGUCCCUUUCUUGAUCUAAGUGAUAUAGUACAUUUUGAUGCUGAAUUUGGAUUAAUGAGUAUAGCUGUUCAUCCUAGAUUUACUGACAAUGGUCGGUUUUUCACUUCAUUCAACUGCGACAAGACAAAAUGGGCUGGGUGUGAAGGACGUUGUGCAUGUAAUUCUGAUGUUAACUGUGAUCCCUCAAAGCUACCGCCUGAUAACGGUGCACAAACGUGCCAAUAUCAUAGUGUUGUUGCUGAGUUCACAGUGGGUGAUACCAAGUCCAACCCAUCUAUGGCAACCUCGGCUAGCCCUAUUGAAGUCAGAAGAAUAUUCACAAUGGGAUUGCCAUUUACUUCUCAUCAUGGAGGACAAAUUCUUUUCGGCCCAGAUGGGUAUUUGUACUUCAUGAUGGGAGACGGCGGAGGAAAAGGAGAUCCUUACAAUUUUUCUCAAAAUCUGAAGUCUUUGCUUGGUAAAAUCAUGAGGUUUGAUGUUAACAACUUCCCAAGUGCAGCAGAAAUAAGCACCGAGGGUUUAUGGGGAAACUAUUCUAUCCCAAAAGACAACCCCUAUAUCAACGAUAAUCAGUCGCAACCCGAAAUAUGGGCUAUUGGACUAAGAAAUCCUUGGAGAUGCAGUUUUGAUGCUGAAAGGUCUUCAUAUUUUAUGUGUACUGAUGUCGGACAGGACAAGUUCGAAGAAGUGAACAUAAUCACAAAGGGAGGGAACUAUGGUUGGCGAGCUUAUGAAGGUCGCGAUCCUUUUACUCCUCAAACAUCACCCGGAGGCAAUACAUCCUUGAACUCCAUAAACCCGAUUUUCCCUGUGAUGGGUUACAACCAUUCUUCUGUGAGUUCAAAAGAAGGAUCAGCAUCAAUCACUGGUGGUUACUUUUAUCGUUCUGAAACCGACCCUUGCAUGUAUGGAAGGUACUUAUAUGCUGAUUUAUAUGGAGGUGCUAUAUGGGAAGGCACUGAAUUCCCAAAAGAUAGUGGAAAUUUCACUACAAGCUUACUACCCUUUAGUUGUGCAUCAGACUCUCCUAUAAAGUGCAGCUCAGUUCCAGGAAGUUCAAGACCUGCUCUAGGCUAUGUUUUUUCAUUUGGGGAAGACCUUAAAAAAAAUGUUUAUGUAUUAACUAGCAAUGGAGUUUACAGAGUGGUUCGUCCUAGUCGUUGCAAGUAUACUUGCUCGAAGGAAAACACCGUAAAAGCUUCAAACCCUUCUGCAUCUCCGCCCUCGUCUACUUCGCCUUCACAUGCCAUACGGUUGAGCAAACACAUAUACAUUAGUUUGAUUUUGGUGCUGUCUUUGGCCUUGGCUUUGGUGGUUUAGGUGAUCGUAUCAUCGUCAUUAUAUCUGAUAUAUCCCGCUCAUAGAAACUAUGAUCAGAAUCUGAGUUUGAAGAGGGUUGGGUGACAACAAAACGUAUUCAAUUUGCUCAAUUGGUAUAUUAGAGCAAUCAAAUUAGAAUUAUUAGUGUAAUUUUUGUUGAUCAUUGUUAUUUGUUAAAAAAUUUAUAGAACUUUGUCAUCUAUUCAUACUUCUUAUUAAGAAAAUGUGCCUAGCAUUCUAUUAUGUUCAUUGUGAUUAACACAACUUAUAAAACUUAUCUAUUCAAUCAAGAAUAUAACUUUUAUUU